UGUAAUGUCUCAUCGUCCUUCUUCCGCCCUGACGAACUGUUAAGGUGAGGACAGUUUUAGCAUAUCUUCACAUAAGCGGUUGUUUUUUCGACACAAAGCGGACUUUCCAAGCCUAAGAAUGCUCCUUACAAUCCGCAAACAGCUCAGAAGCCACCCCGCCCUGAUUCCCCUUUUCUUCUUCAUUGGUGGAGGAACCACCAUGUCCCUGCUGUACCUGGCUCGUCUGGGCCUGAGAAACCCUGAUGUUUCUUGGGAUCGCAAGAACAACCCAGAGCCUUGGAACAAACUGAGUCCAAACUACCAGUACAAGUUCUUUACAGUAAACAUGGACUACAGCAAACUGAAGAAAGAUCGCCCAGACUUCUAAAGGUCAAAUCUGCUGGGAGAAACCCACAACAAUCAGCAAAGCCGCACAUUGGGUCUUAUCUUGAAUUUUCUGCGUCCAGGGAAAAUGCAGAAGCUAAAUCCGCACAGCUCAUCUUCCAGUUCAUUGCAUCCCUGGCUUCUUUAUUUCUACUUAUUAAUAAAGUAAAGGAGUAUUUUCUCCUUCAUACAGAUCACCUCA